UGGUGUGUUCAACAAUAACUAGCCACCCACGUAAUGUUAUCGCAGCUUCCCGACUCGUAUAAAUGGCAAGCCAUAAAAGCCGAGGCCUAGAAAACUCGUCCAUUCAUCCUCAUGAUACUGGGUGAUAUCUGUAUGACUUUGACACAGGGAUUUAAAUACAGAAUGAGCGUAUUUAAAGCAGUAUGUUUUCUGACGGGCCUUACCUAUGUGUACAGUCUCGAUGCAAUGGAAAUUGAUAUCAUUAUGCAAACACACAAUGAGUUUAGACGGAAUUUUGCUAAUGGAUUGUACGGCUCAUUUGCAGCAAACAUGAACAAAUUGGACUGGUCCACUGAUCUACAGCUUCAAGCUCUUCUCUCUCUCGACUGUGCGUUGGCAUUUACCCAACCUGCUGGCGCGUUCAAUACCCAUACUAACGUUGGAGUGAGCGCUGACGGAAACAUCACCAAUCUUAUCCGUUCAUGGAUGUUAGAGAGGCAGCACUUCAUUCCACAAUUCAAAACGUGCAUUAAUAUUCAACAUUGCAAGAGAUUUUUGACGAUGGUGCAUGCUCGGCAAAGAACUAUUGGAUGUGCCUUCACUGACCGCUGUCGUGUUAAAAAUUCACGUGUCAAUGUGCUUGUUUGCAAGUAUGCGGGCAGUGAGGACGCCAUUGUGCCUUUCUAUAAACCUGGUCUACCAUGUACCAAAUGUGACGGAGAAACUCCGUUUUGUGAGCGUGGUCUGUGUGUUCCAUGCACAGGGACAUCCGCUGAAUGCGAUUGUCGAAAGACCUGUAACAAACACAACAUCGGUGCUGGUUCUCUCAACAGUACAUCAUGCUCUUGCACGUGCUCGUAUGGAAUGGGGCCGAACUGCGAUGAGGACUGUGUUAACCCCGAAAUGUACGAGGACUGGGAUCCAUGCUCUGAAAUCACACAGCAGGACUGCCUAUUUGACAGGGCUAUCCUGGAGGAGAUGUGUCCCGUUCAGUGCGCUUGCAGACGACACCCCAACGCAGGCGUGACACAAUAAGACGCCGCUACCUCUGCAGCUAAUGUAAAGGACGACAUCUGAAUACAGAGUUGACAUUCUGUGUCUAGGCUUUAGAUGGACGACAGUGCAACAGUAAAGCUCUUGGUAAAUGAGAGACCGACAUUGUGAACAUAUUUUAGGAAGGAGGAAGAUAAGUCUGAACAGAUUGGUUUAUGAAAUGAACAAAGAAACUGUGAUAAUGAAAGGAUAGAGUAAUUUGAAUAUUGUCUCGUUAUUUGUGAGUGCGAUAUGUAAUGUUUCCCUUGUAAAUAACGUGUAUGGUAUAUAUUUUAACAAACAUUAUCAAGCGUGUUGAGAAACCUAUUUAUGCGCCUAUUGUAAAUAGUUUCCGGUAUAAACAACCUAUCUGUCUACGAUGUGUAUCUUGUAAUUAUAUAAUUAUAUUUUUGAACAUUUGUAUGUCAACAAUAGAAGGGCUGUUACAUGUAUUCCUGUAUCUCUAUUAACGCGCUUGUUGUUCUAUGGCAUGGCUUUGUCCGUCCAAAAGCCCGUCCGUUUGAAAUUUGCUUGUGAGGGCUAAAACCUUUAACAAAAAAUACCACCACGCUUCCGUUGCAUAAUGUAGCAAUAUUACAUGGUGCGUAGAGUAAAUGAUUCGGCGAGAAUAACUGAUAUAAACAUUAUUUAACAAUGGUCAUUCUUUUUAAAUUGCGAGGCUGUUAAAACGAUGGCCUUACGACAAUAUUGAUGUUCGAAUGCCUAAUGAGAAUGUUCUUACAUGGUUUUUUGUGAGAAUGGUAUUUCCUUUACUAAGCGUCACAAACCUUAGAUGAACACUUUUAGAACGAUGUUAACUGUUUGACCUAAUAAAAUUCAUGUUAGCUAUC